AUGGAGGGCAGCCUGUCAUCGGCCCCUGGAGUACUCCAGCAAUGUUUGGAAGCCGUUGCUGAUUGGUUGAGAGCGAGCCAACUGAAUUUAAAUCCUAUGAAGACAGAGGUGCUGUGGUUGGGUUACGGAGAACAUCAGGUGGACUUUUGUCAGCCUACACUGGAUGGCGAGGCAUUGCACUUAGCCUCGGCCGUCAAAAGCCUGGGUGUCACCCUGGACCCGGCACUAUUGCUCAAGGCCCAGGUGGCUCAAACGGCUCGGAUAGCAUUUCAUCACCUUUGUCAGCCCCCCACCCCCCCCCCCCCCCACCCCCCCCCCCCCCCACCCCCCCCCCCCCCCACCCCCCCCCCCCCCCACCCCCCCCCCCCCCCACCCCCCCCCCCCCCCACCCCCCCCCCCCCCCACCCCCCCCCCCCCCCACCCCCCCCCCCCCCCACCCCCCCCCCCCCCCACCCCCCCCCCCCCCCACCCCCCCCCCCCCCCACCCCCCCCCCCCCCCACCCCCCCCCCCCCCCACCCCCCCCCCCCCCCACCCCCCCCCCCCCCCACCCCCCCCCCCCCCCACCCCCCCCCCCCCCCACCCCCCCCCCCCCCCACCCCCCCCCCCCCCCACCCCCCCCCCCCCCCACCCCCCCCCCCCCCCACCCCCCCCCCCCCCCACCCCCCCCCCCCCCCACCCCCCCCCCCCCCCACCCCCCCCCCCCCCCACCCCCCCCCCCCCCCACCCCCCCCCCCCCCCACCCCCCCCCCCCCCCACCCCCCCCCCCCCCCACCCCCCCCCCCCCCCACCCCCCCCCCCCCCCACCCCCCCCCCCCCCCACCCCCCCCCCCCCCCACCCCCCCCCCCCCCCACCCCCCCCCCCCCCCACCCCCCCCCCCCCCCACCCCCCCCCCCCCCCACCCCCCCCCCCCCCCACCCCCCCCCCCCCCCACCCCCCCCCCCCCCCACCCCCCCCCCCCCCCACCCCCCCCCCCCCCCACCCCCCCCCCCCCCCACCCCCCCCCCCCACCACCCCCCCCCCCCCCCACCCCCCCCCCCCCCCACCCCCCCCCCGCCACACCCCCCCCCCCCCCCCCCCCCCCACCCCCCCCCCUUCACAUUCUUAUCUCAGCACCCAGGCAAGCUUUCCCGAAGACAGCAAGCUGGCCCCAGGGCAAAGAGAAUAA